AUGAGUAUUUUACGACAAGAUCCUCGAACAAAAGGUAACUUGAAUGAAGCCUUAUGGUAACAAGUCUCUCUAGGUGUCACAUAUAUUAGAGCGUCCACUUGUUUGCCAUCGGAUGAGCUCGAACCAUGUCUUAGGAAUGGAAUGUCAGCAUCCAUGGUAUCUCACCAUGGCCAUUAUCCAAUCGCUGAUGUGAAAAAGGCCAGAUUCAGAGGUUGGUAACUUUAAAUUAUUUUUUGAACGCAUUACUUUUUAUAAACAUUGGUUUAGAAAUAUAUCAUCGUCCAGCGAAAGGUGAUUGUAUGGGGAAAUGUGUAAUUUGUUUAUUGGUUCAUGCUAUAUUCAUAUUUGGGGUGUUUUUGGCUUUCCUAAUUGGCCAUUGGAUGUCCGAAGUGGAAUUUGGGAAUGACGUAAGUGAGAAAGUAACCUCAUAAAUACCUAACAGACUUUCCUGCUCACUUCUCUUAACCGACUUAACCCCAAUUUUACCGCCACUUUUCUUAAUUCUACAAUUAACAAUGAAACUGACACAUCCACAAGUCAAUCUCUUCAUUUAAGUCUGUCAAUUCAGAGAAAAGUAAAGAAUAUUACUUUGAUGGAAGUAUAUCCCCCAAGCAAGGGGACUGAAGAUACCUUAGGAUUUUACCAUCCGAGAAAUAAAUACAGUGACUUUACAAUUAACCUCCCUGGACACUUUAAGCCGGUCCAUUAUGAUCUCUCAGUAAGUACAAUAAUGUGAUGACAAAUAAUAUUUAGCUUGAUUUCACUGAAUUUUCAACUGCCGAACAUAUCCGAGGGAAUGUUUCCAUCUUGUUGGAAUACUCAGGGAAUGUUACACAAAAGGAAAUUAUAUUUUAUGCAGCACCAAACAUCUUCAUUCAUCGAUUAAAAUUGGAGCAUGACAAGAAGACCGUGAAGUUGGGCGAAAUCAAUCGUGAAUUCAAGAAGAACCUGGUCAAAGUGCUGAUCAUUGAGAAACUGAAGAAGACUUGGUACAGACUGAGAAUAGAAUUUAGAACAAGGAUAUGCCAGAGUAAUGUGAAAGGGGUCCAUUGUAUUCGGCGGACCAUUUAUACAAGAGUAAGCGGAGAGCCAAAAGUAUGACAGCAAUAAUUAUUUUAGGACAAUUCGACCACAAUUCACAAGAUCGCCGGGUUCACAACUAAGUUUGAGCCAACAUUUGCCCAUACAUUCCUGCCAUGUUGGGAUGAGCCAAAAUUAAAAGCUACAUUCAAUGUAACAGUCAGACAUAACAGAGAUCUUACCGUCUUGUCAAACUCGGCUUUAAUUGAUGAAUACGACGAAAUUGGGGGAGACAACAAAUUUUCGCGUUUUAAAGAAACCCCUCGAAUGUCCAUCUACCUCCUGGCAUUUGUUCUUACCGAUUUCACACCACUUGAACUGAGAACGCAAAGAAAUCUGCCUUUAACGGUAUGGUCGGACCCUCAGAAACUGGCUGCUGGACACUUCACGGCCAGUUUCUCUCCAGUUAUAUUUGACAGAAUCGAGAAGGAUCUAGAGGUUCUCUAUCCACUUCAGAAAUUGGAUAUUGUGCUUACCCCAAACUAUCCUGUUGGAGGAAUGGAAAAUUGGGGUCUUAUUAUCCUGCAAGAAGAUGCUGCAUUAAUGUCAUCAAUAAUCAUGGAUGAACAAAAUAUGACUGUGGACAGGUUGGCUGAACAGUACAAGAUUGAAAAGAUCAUAACUCAUGAGGUAAGCGUACUUUCUUCAAAUAUCAAUUUUUAGGUUGUCCAUCAAUGGUUCGGAGAUCUCGUCACAAUGUCCGAUUGGUCAAAUUUGUGGCUUAACGAGGGAUUUGCCACCUAUUUUGUGUUUGAUUACCUGAAUAUCGAUCACCCAUACCUGACUGAUAAUGAAUAUUAUCUUCAACUUGUGGGAUUAGUUCAAUCCCAGGUGAGUUGUUGUCGCUUCUAAAAAAAAUAAAUUAAGAUAUCUGAUUCCCCCUCAGCGUUAGUUGAACCGAUAGAAAACGCAGACUUGGUCAGUGAAUUAUUCCAUCAUGACAAUGUUUAUACGAAAGGAUCGGUGAUAGUCAAAAUGAUCAAAGAUCUGUUAGGAGUGGAGAUGUUCAGAGAGGGAAUCACCAAGUUCCUGAAGGACAAUUCCUACAAAUCAAUCAGCACGGAUAACAUAUGGGACUCUUUCCCAACCUUUGCCGAUCAUGGAGUAGAAGAUGAACGUUUAUCUGAUGUCAUGAAGAGCUGGUUGGAGAAGAAGGGGCUCCCUGAGAUCAUUUUGAGUAGAAAUUAUGAGGAACAAACGGUUAGAAUUACACAGAGAACCGCCAAUCUUAACAAUUACAUAAUUUUCCUUAAUGAAGAGAGCAAAACUGUUAUUAGAGAAGAGGAAAAGAAAACCAAGAGGAGUAUUACUGCAACCGAUGGACCGGAAACUUUCUCCACUUUCAACGACUCCUAUUUUGAACAUGCAACAACAUCCAAGCCAUAUAGACGACGGAAUUAUCAUCGACGGAAGAACGCGGAGAACCGGAGGAAAUCAACGGAUGAAAGAAUAUCCGUUUUUGGAGAGCACAAGAUGGAUAUAAGCAAGAACAAUACGCCUAAACUAGCCACGAACCAAUUCUUAAUAACACGAGAGCAACGAAGAAGACGAGUGAAGAACGGGAGUGACCAGUUGUGGUCGAUUCCGUUCAGCUACAGCUUUGGUUCUGCAAAAUCGUCCACCGGUCAGACAGUCAGGCAGUUUUGGCUUCAUAAUGAGACAGUAAGAUUUGUCGAUCUCGGCGUUCAGGCCUAUCAGUACGUCCUGGCCAAUCCUCAUUGGAUAUAUCCAUACAAAGUGAAUUAUGACAUAGAUAAUUGGCGCAUGCUGAUAAAACAACUUCACAGAGACAACACGGCCAUUCCCGUGAUGUCCAGAAUGCAGCUGCUGGUUGACGCUGAUACUUAUUUGAAACAAAGCGGAGUCCCUCAACUAUAUAUUAACCUUCUGGGAUACCUUUCUAAAGAGGAAGAUCUCGGAGUUCUGUUGCAAGGAUUAGAUCAGAUACAUGAAUUUGUUGACAUGAUUAGUGGAACCAACCUGGUAGGGCCACUGCUUGUGCAUUGGAACCCAGUGAUUCAACAAUUAGAUCGAUUAUUACAAAACACAGCUUCGAAUCCAGAGUUAGCAUCAGUAUGGUUACUCAGUCCACGAAGAUUGGCCAAACUGUACCAACUGAGAUGCGUAGCCAACCUCCAAUCAUGCGAUCAGAACAAGCAAAUGUCUCAGUGGAUGUCCCAUCCCACGGCUCUCGAUCCCUCACAUCACCAACAGAUUACAGCAAUCUGUCAUUAUCUAUUCACUCAGGCCGGUCCAUCCGAAUUGUCGAUGUUAAUGGGAUUACUUAAGUUGAGGAGUGGCCAAUGGUCAGUGAACAUACAGCUGGCCACCUGUGUGCGAGAUGAAACUCUCAUUGCUUCAGUAGUAGACAAAGUGGUCAAAACAAAAAACGCUGCGGUGUACUUAUCCGUCUUGCAGGUGAGCUCAUUCGAACGGAUAUAAGUAUUCAAAAAUGUUAGUACUUGAAUUGGCCUAUAUUAGGGUGUCCCAUAAGUCUAGCUCGAUUUGGGGUUUGAUAACAGUUCGGGCUUGAAUAUCUAAACUGUUAAAACUGCGAUCUUUUCCACUUAUAAACAGCAUAAACAUUUUAACUAACCACACAUGCCUUCACAGAUUAUUUCUUUUAAGUAUACUGCACGUCAAAAGUUUGGAACAGGCCAGAUCUUCUUUGCGGCUUGAGAUGGGAGUUUCAUUUCUUUUUUAUUAUAAGCUCCAUGUAUUAAGAACCUCAAUGAAUACAUAGCCAUGGAAGUCAGAAAGCUCGUUGGAAUUUUAAAAAAAAAUUUAAAAAAUAAGUGCGUCAAAAGUUUGGAACAGCUUUUGGAAGGUGAUUAUAAACUUCGGAAUGGAGGCAGGUAUCCUCGCAUUUAGUGUUUCUGGAUGAUGUAUGGAAUCGGCAUGCCAAUGGCCUACUGAUUUUCAUCGAUAAACCCAAAAUGAAAAAAAUGCUUAUCGAGCCAAAAACUACGGUCAAAAUUGCGAAAAAAUAAUUUUUUUGGUUUGGGUUCUCUAUGUUAUCGGUGUGUAAGCGUUCUAAGAUAUUUAAUGUGGUCGCACAAUUGUACAAGGGCACUCAGAUCUUCGCAUAGGAACUAUAUCCGCACAGCAUAAUUUAUGAAAAUUUUGAGUUUUGCUAUGAAUCUUUAUUUAAUGUAUUUUAUAUUUUUCAUAGAGCGGCUUGGAGGCUAAUUGGCUUGGACACCGUUAUCGUGGAAUAAAAACGUGUCUUCAAGAAACAAAAACCCACGCUACUUGCAACAUCUAAGGCCACAUCUUUCAGAUAUUAAAAAAAUUUUUGCCCCCAAAAUCAAUAUUCAUAUCUGACCCGGAUUUGUGGCGGGAUAAUUCGGAGAGUUGGUUUAUAAUACUGUAUCGGUGUGAUAACGAUAAAGGCACUUAGUUUUGAACCAUGCAGCGGCAUCAAAUCCAAGAUAAAAAAUAUGGGAAUAUUAACAUUUCAUAUACCCGCUAUUUUUAAAGAUGUGGCCUUGAUGUUGCAAAUAGUGGCCAGGUUCUGCUUCUUAAAGACACCUUUUGAUUCCACGAUAACGGUGUCCAAGCCAAUUAGCCUCCAAGCCGCUCUAUGAAAAAUAUAAAAUACAUUAAAUAAAGAUUUAUAGCAAAACUCAAAAUUUUCAUAAAUUAUGCUGUGCGGAUAUGGUUCCUACGCGAAGAUCUGAGUGCCCUUGUACAAUUGUGCGACUACAUUAAAUAUUUUAGAACGCUUACACACCGAUAACAUAGAGAACCCAGACCAAAAAAAUCAUUUUUUCUCAAUUUUGACCGUAGUUUUUGGCUCAAUAAGCAUUUUUUUCAUUUUGGGUUUAUCGAUGAAAAUCAGUAGGCCAUUGGCAUGCCGAUUCCAUACAUCAUCCAGAAACACUAAAUGCGAGGAUACCUGCCUCCAUUCCGAAGUUUAUAAUCACCUUCCAAAAGCUGUUCCAAACUUUUGACGCACUUAUUUUUAAAAUUUUUUUUUAAAAUUCCAACGAGCUUUCUGAUUUCUAUGGCUAUGUAUUCAUUGAGGUUCUUAAUACAUGGAGCUUCUAAUAAAAAAGAAAUGAAACUCCCAUCUCAAGCCGCAAAGAAGAUCUGGCCUGUUCCAAACUUUUGACGUGCAGUAUAGUACUGUUAACAAGCAAUUUUUUGAAUUUUUAAAUCAUGUUCAUUUUUUCUGAUCUUGACUUAUUCUUUUUUAAUCUUUAUACGUUGUAACUACUGGGCAUUCUUGGAACCAGAAAUCGGGGAUAAGCAGACCGAUUUCUGGCUACCCUUCAUUUGGGACAGAUCGGGUAUUGGCCCAAUAUGUAUAGCCAAUGUUGCAAAAUUUUUUGACAAACCAGUUAAUGAGUUGAAAUCACAACUAAUUUUUUUAAGGGACCUGGAUCGGCUAGCCAAAGUGUCUGAAUUUUAUUUGUAAUAAAAGUAAAUUAAUACAGAUAUUUUUCAAGGUUUUUGAAAUUGUUCCAUGAUGGGUUUGGCUCUUUACAUACUAUACCCGCGGGUAUCGAAACGGGUACCCGUUUCCUUCAUUUUAUUUACAAUUUUUAGGGGUCCUACACCGUCCAAUACAACAAACAGUUCCGAGACGUGUUUUGGCGCGGAAUCAGCCGACUAUCAGUGCAUGAACGCCAACUUCUGUUCGCUGUAAAUACGGGGAAAUCCGACAGAAUUGGGAGAUAUCUUCUGCAUGCAACCAGAACGUUAGCCGAAUUGGAAACUGUUGAGGCCCUCCUUUCGGAAUGGCCACAAAACCUCAAAGUGCACUUUGAUUACUUGCGACGAAAACAUCGAUGGAUUAGUGAAACGGUCACUUCAAAAGUUCAAAAUUACCUCAUUGAAGAAGUGGAAUAA